AUGGCAGGCACAAAGCUAAUAUCACUAGGGCUCAUUGUUCUCAUGAGCAUGGGAUUAGCAAAUGCUGUGAGGGUGGCUAGAUACUCUAGUGCUGAUGGGUCGGGACAAGGAGGGGGAGGGGGUGGCGGAUAUGUGAAUGGUGCGGGAUUAGGGUCUGGGUCUGGCACCGGAUUAGGUGACAGUGGUCCGAAUGGUGCCCAUGCAAGUGCUGGAGGGGGUGGCGCUGGUGGUGGAACUAGCCAAAAUGGUGGGUCUGCAUGGGGUGUAGGCUUAGGUUCAGGUUCAGGGAGUAGUACAUAUAGUGGUAUUGGAGAAUCUUCCAGUGCUGGUGGUACUGGUGGGGGUGGAGGUGGUGGAAAAGCUGGAGGUUCUUGGGACUCCAGUGCUCAAGGGUCUGGUAGUGGCAUCGGAUCUGGCUCUAGCUAUGCUAACAGGUAUUGGAACGGACCAAGUUAUGCAGGUGCAAGUGCUAAUGGCAAUGGUGGUGGCAAUGGGAACAGCCAAAAUGGUGGGGCUGCUGGGGGUAAAGGUGCUGGAUCUGGGUAUGGCGAUGCCAACCCCUGA